AUGAAUGAGAAUGGGCAUUAUUACUGUUCUGGCUGCUUUAGACUUGUUAAUUAUGUUGCUCCUAGGUUUAGGAUUAAGCUACAAGUCUCUGAUGGGGUAGAUUCUGCUGAUUUUGUGAUGCCCGAUUCAAUUGCUGAAAAUCUGCUAAAGAAAACAUGUAGUCAGAUGCUAAAUGAAGUUGAGGAUCCGAACUGCACUCGUGCUACCACUGUUAUGCAGGAAGGGUUGGUUGGAAGGGAUUUGCUAUUUAAGGUUGAGAAGAAUUUGGUUAAUGUGUACAACUUUGAGGAUCCAUAUACUGUGAAACGUGUUUGUGAUGAUUUUGAUCUUAUGGAAGUGUUUAUGGCAAAUUCAUCUGUUGAGACUCCCAUUAUGGCAAAGUUCCCCAAUUCAUUUUCUGAGUUGAACCUUGAUGAUUAUGAGAUAGAUAUGGAGUUAUUGGGAAGCCCUCCUGAUUUAGUGGUCCCUGUGAUUGUGAAGCCAGCUAUUGAAAGGAGCACUACAGAAUAUGGUGGUUGCUCAAAAUCAUUCAAGAGAAAGCUAGAGGAUGAAUUUGUUGUGGAGGAAGAAUUUCAGAAUGUGAAGUUUAAGGAGUGCAAGUAUGGAACAGAUUAG